GUUUUUUGUUCAUGACAGUAAUAAUGGAAGUAAAUACCGUACAAGAAUUGGUCAACUGUGGCACGAGCUUAGUUUGCAACAGCCUAUCAUUACGUCAGCGCACGCGGCCAGAACAAACAAGAUGAGCUAUGAAACCUGUGACAACAAGCUACCAGUAAUAAAACUAGAAGACACCACAUAUCUACAAGAAGAUAAGCAGUAUUACUUGCAACCGACGCAAGUGGAAAUAACCAGUGAAUUCUCGCAUAUAACUCCUCCACCGCCAACGCUUCUCAGUGAAUUGACCAGUAGCUCCGAUCAGCCGUUUUAUCAACCCUGGUCAUCCAACUUAACAAUCAAUAGCAUACCACAAAAUAACCAGCAGAUCCAAUAUGCGCUUAUUCCACAAUACCAAAAUAAUUUACCAGAACAACUAGAAAAUGGAACUUUUCAAGACAAUUUAAGCCAUAACAACUAUAAUGUAGAUGGUGACAAUAAUCUGGGACUGGAGGCAGAUAACAGUAUACCAAAAAAAGAAGCCAAUUGUGAAACUGAAAAACUGAAGACCUGGAGACUCCCGCCAAAAUCGAACAAAGUCUGCAACGAAGAAGUGGAAGAAUUGCGUAUACAGCGACUAACGGCAAAUGAGCGCGAACGUCAUCGAACGUACAAUUUGAACGAAGCCUUUGCCACUCUGAGGAGAAUUAUCCCACUGAUGCCGACCAACAAACUCACCAAGAUGCAAAUUCUGGAGCUAGCGAAGCGGUACAUUGAGUUCUUGUGCUAUAUGCUAAGUAAGCCGGGUACUGGAGACAAGCAUGUAAAAGAUACACAGGCCAGGCUAAACCAUGCAUUCACGAUGAGGAGACUGGAAAGAAAUCCUAUGUGAAAGAUAUUUUAGAGUUUUCUACAGCAUUUAUGCGUUUCAUGUAUAAAACAAUGUAUUUUCUUUGUGAACUUAGUUUCAUGUUUGUGUUAUGUAACCAAAAUUAUACAUGAAGGUGUUAUUUAAUUUUAGAAGACCGCUAGCAAAUGUGUUUUUUAAAGAAGUUAAAUAAGUAUUUAGAAGUUUGAA